UGAUGUGUCAGCCAUAUGGCCUUGCAUCAUAGCUUGUAUGUAACCCACUCAGCCCUGGUAGAGUAUACCACACUACUGUAUCUGCGUAGUUGGGGUAGGGAUAGCACAGCGAAAAAGCAGCGAGCUUGGCUUCAGCCGCACCAAUUGAAGUGUCCAUGCAGGAGCGGUGUGGACUUGGACUGGCCACCCGGAGAUGGUCUAAACAAACGCGCUUUCGCCACUCACCCAGCUCCAAGACGGCGUGCCACCAUGUUGACAAGGCUAUUCAGCGAGGUUCUGCCGGAUGUCCAGAAGCUCUCGGGUUGGGUGGAGAACAGCGAGGGCGAGGACUCCAAAACCAAGGAGGAAGACAUGCAAGACGACGACUUGGAUGACGGCGACGCCAGAGAUGGAAGCAGCCGGGAUCAGUCCGAGAUGGCUGGGGAUGAUGACGUCGACGAUGAGGACUGUGGUGAUGAGAACGAGGGGGAAGACACAGCCGAAAAGCCCGGGCCAAAGAAACGCAAGAUGACGCCAGCACGAAUUGAGCGCUCCAAGGUGCGGCGUCAAAAAGCCAACGCACGAGAGAGAACGCGUAUGCAUGAUUUGAACUCUGCGCUGGACAACUUGCGCAAAGUAGUCCCCUGUUAUUCCAAAACGCAAAAACUCUCAAAGAUAGAGACGCUGAGACUUGCCAAGAAUUACAUUUGGGCGCUCGGGGAGAUCUUGCGCAAUGGGAAAAGGCCAGAUGUAGUAUCCUACGUGCAGACACUGUGCAAGGGCCUGUCCCAGCCCACCACAAAUCUAGUAGCUGGUUGUCUGCAGCUCAACUCUCGGAACUUCUUGACAGAGCAGUGUCCUGACGGGGCCCGGUUUCAUGUCCCCAACUCCUCUUUCUCCGUGCACCCUUACUCCUACCAGUGUCCCCGUCUGUCUAGCCCUCAGUGCCAACCCGGCUCCAGUCGGCAUAUGAGGACCCAUAACUACGGCUACGGCGACGCGGUCUACCCAGGGGCAAUCUCCCCAGAGUACGACAGCCCAGACUAUGGGGGCCAUCACAGCUCGCCUGUGUGCGUCAACGGCAACUUUUCCGUGAGUCAACAGGAGUGUGGGUCGCCGGACACAGACAUGAACUAUCACUAUGCUAUGCACUACUCUGGACUGUCUGCUUCGCGCGCCACUGCUGUCCACGGACUAGCGUUCGGCACAUCGGGAGCGCGCAGUGGUUCCGCGCACUCUGAAAACGUGCCGCCGCCAUUUCAUGACAUACACUUAUUACACCAUGACAGGACGCCCGUGUACGAGGAACUUAACGUCCUUUACCACAACUGAAUUCACCAAAACCCUAACAACCCACCGGACCCCUAAAUACCCAACUAAAAAUCGUAACGUUAGCCUACCCAUUUUGACACUGGAUGAGGUUUUUAGAAAACGGAAGGUGGGGUGGCAGGAAUUGAGAGAGAAAUACCAAUAUUCUCAAUGUUGGUUCUCUGUUUUAUUGAUGUCGUUCCUGAAUUGUCGUUAUGCACAUUUUAAGGUAUGUCAGAAAUCAAUAUUUCCAAUCAAAUGUCGCCGUGUAUGCAUAAUGCGAGUGCACUCAAAAUAAAAUGUGUUACAUGAACGAAACAUCUUAUAAACAAAAAAUAAAACAAUAUUUUAUAAUUAUCUGACAUGAGGUGGUUGACCAAAUAAAUUAUUUCUGACUUGAGAAAUUGAGUCAAUCUCACUGUAUGCUGAAGGGCAAGAGCUCCACCAUGGAAUCACAAAUACAUUAUUUGAGUACAUAACUAUCUAAGUGACAAGAACCACUUUCUGCAUUAGGUUCGUUUCCAAAUCCAAUAUUGAAACGAAAGACAAUUCAUCAUUAAACUGACCAAACGCUUAAUGGGCGUAUUAGGAAUAGGUCAAUAGCCUAGUAUACUGUACACCCUAAAAAAUAAACGUUUCCUGGAAAGUCCUUCGUGGUAAUUUAAAGUAAUCAACCUUUAGAUUCCUGUAGGAUCCAUUAGGAUAAUUAAGGUUAAGGGAACCUUACAUUUAAUUUAAGAACCCAUAAUCUGCUAUCAGUUCGUUUUUUAAACGUUGUAGACAUAAGGGAUGCCUUGAAUAACCCUGUUCAAAAGAGGGGUUUUGGAACCAGCAGUGCGCUCCUGAGUAAAUGGCGCUGGUGCGUGUAUCAUUUUACAAAUGUGAUCUCUCUCAUGCCAGCAAAAUAGACGCGAGCACUAGCUGUCGCCAACCAGAGCCAGGACCAUGGACAGUUCUUCCACUCGUGUGCCAUCAACGGAAACGUCACUAUUUUAAAAAAAUGUACUUAUCCUUUAUAUAACUAGGCAUCACCAACUACCUUAGUUAGCUCGGACUCGCCAACCAUAAUAGUUUAUGCCUAUGUAGGACUAUUGGAUAUUUAUUCAAUCAUUAUUUAUUGAAGUUCUUGUCUCUCAUCAUCAUUGCAUCUCUGCUAGCUAGCUACCUGCCACUUUUUUUGUUUAGCAUAGUAACGUUGAAUGUUUAUCCUGCCCCUGUCCAGUUAAGUUGUAGAUAGUUUGGGUGCUGUGAGAAACUCAGCCUCCACAAACAAGGUAAGACACACACAGAGAUAUGACGCAAUCUAGGUUAUGUUAAACGUGCAAAAAUGAAAACAUUCAGAUGUUACGUCUAUCAACUACCCAUGUUGAAUGUGCCUAAUUUAUGUCUUUCAGGCUGAUGUGUUGGGGUGGACUGCUUUGAUAGAGAAAAUCAACCUCACAUAAAACACACACAGAAGACUUAAUCUAAGUUAUGUUUAGCUAACCUGACAAAAAUCUUUCAACCCAUGAUACACUCUUUCAACAUCUCUUUCCAUCUUUCUCCCUUUAGUCCCUGUCUUAUCCUGGACAGUUAAGUGGUGGAGAGUUUAGGUGCUGUAAUAGAGAAAUGUAGCAACCUCCACAAACAGGUAAGGCACACACAAACAGCGAGAGAGAUGACCAAAUGUCGUGAAUGCUCAUGUUUUUUAUAUUGUGUUUGUGUCUAAUUUAUGUAUUUAAGGCUGGUAUAUUGGGGCAGCCUGUUCUGUCCUCUGUAUUUCAGACGAAAUCAAGACAAUGUUUAAGGCUCUCUAUGGAUCCACAACAAGGUUAGCCUCUAAAGUCUUUGGAUGUAUUUGCAGUGUGAUUAUAGUGUUCUGUGCCAUUUCUUUGUCUUUCCAAUACUAACUGAAUAGUGAAUGAAUUUACAGUGGGAUUAUUGUAUGUUCUGUUACCCUGUCUUUGUCCUCCAUACUGUCUUGUUAUUAUCACUGCAGCUGAUUGCAUAGCACAUACUCAACUUUAAUUGAUGAUAAUCAACACCCGUAAUCAAUGCCAUUGUUAUUACAAAAGUAAUUGUUAGUCUACGUGCUAUCUUGUAUGUUUCUCUUAUGUUUUAGGUAUCCCAAUACCCGGCAAAACAUGGGUGUGUGUGCACUCUUUAAAAAGUACUCCUCGUUGAGAGACCAGACAUUGAAGGGAUAUAUAAGAAUUCUUCAAAUUUACUACUCAUAUUAAUUCACACACUAAAACUUUUUACACCACUGUGCCUACCCAGACCAUGAUGCUGGCUUGGAUAUUUUGUUCUUACAUUGUUUAUUCCGUCACAUUUCCAGCAGCUUAACAAGACCAUCAUCACUGUAAAAAACGACCCACGGGCUUAGUAAAUAUUGCAAAAGAAAAUCAAUGAUUUUUACUUAAAAUAAAAGGUUUCUGGUUUUACUUCUUUUUUUUUUAUAUAGUACUUAAUUUAUGUGUUGAAAAUCCAAGGUAAUAUGCUGCUAAAUUUGAACAAAUAUUU